GGCGCAAUACGCCCGCGGGUGGGCGGAGCUGGUCGGAAUGAGUGGCGGAGGGACGGAGACCCCUGUGGGUUGUGAAGCCUCCCCGGGUGGCGGCGACAAGAAGAGGGACUCCUUAGGGACUGCAGGCUCGCCAGCGCACCUCAUUAUCAAGGUGUCUUUGGAAAGCUUGAUGGGCCGUUCUGAGAGCAGCAGCAGAAAUUGGGAGGCGACUUCACAGGCCCCAACUUAUGAAUUGGAAAGACUAAUGGAGCUGGAGCAGUUUGUGAAACUCACAGACCAAAACAACUUUGAAGAAAAACGUGGUCUUCGAGAAAUGCGAGUUCUUGAAAAUUUGAAGAAUAUGAUCCAUGAAACAAAUGAACAUACACUUCCCAAAUGUAGAGAAACAAUGCAAGAAAACUUAAACCAAGUUCUCAAGAGAUUGCAAGCAGCUACUGACUCAGUCUGUAGACUCCAACAGAGGGAGCAGGAACGAAAAAAGAUUCAUAAUGACCAUUUAAUAGCUAGUGAAAAACAGCAUAUAAUCCAGUGGGAGGAUUUCAUGAAAGAACAACACAACAGACAGUCUGAAGUGGAUGAAGAGCACAGAAAAGCCAUGGAGAGGCUUAAAGAACAAUAUGCUGAGAUGGAGAAGGAACUAGCAAAAUUUUCAACCUUUUAAGAACUUGAACCCCAACAAUGACAAACUAAUCAGAAAAUAUUUACUAUCCCCCAAAAACUAUCCCCAUCAAACCAUUUAGCCUCUGCUUCAAGCUUAGCAAUAUAUUCAACGGCACUCUUAUAUCAGAAGAAAGAAACUUCUACUGGAGUCUUAAUUAAAUGUUUAAUAAAAGAAGAGUGCUACAUCUUUCCAGUUUUAAGUGCCUAUAUAUGAUUCUUUGAAUGGGGAGGAGUAGGAGGGAAAAUGGGAUAAAUGUACUCCUGUGUUAAUCAGAAUUGGUCUUCUUUUCCAUUGAUUAUCUCAGAGAACUGUUAAGUAUAGACUUCUUAAAGAGAAAAAUAAUUUAAUUGAUGUUAUACAGGGUUAAUAUUAGUUUAUUAUUGUGGCUUAGAAGGCAGAUAUAAUAGCUGCCUGUAAUAGCCUCCUCAGCUAUUGGAAGAAUGUAUAAAGUGUUAUUCCAUGAGUAAUGUAGACAAAAACAACUGUCCUGGGAACAAAGAUCACGUUUAAGAGAGGGGAGAGUCAAAACCUCGUCUUUGCUAUGGCAAAGAUGGCCGUGUUGGUCGUUGAACUGUGCAUUGGGAAAGGUUACAGGUUUUGCAGUGCAGCAUAAUGCCCUGUGUUUCACUGGAUGACAAGACACACUUGUUAAAUUCUGUGGCCUUCUAGCACUUAAUAUUUUCAGCUUUUAAAACAUGCUUAGAAGGAAAAGCUUACCAAAAAUAUAGUUGACUUUUAGCCUUUCCAAGAACCAUAAUCUUGCCCAUAGUAUUUACCUCAUUUUUGUGUCUGUUUUGCUGUGGGUAAGCUUUGUAAGAUAAAUAAUGUCUAUAUAUGUUUCAAGUGUUUAAUGAGUAAUCAGCAAAAUCUGCCAAGGAGUCCCUCUGGAACCAUAUAAAGAUUCUGGCUCUGAAUAAACCAGAAGUAUUUGCCCACAUGGCAAAUGAUCCAUGUUAAAUGUAAAUCCUUUUUAGUGUUUGAUGUCUGUUCUCAUGAGCAGGUGUAUUAUGAUGAAACAUGUACCAAUUCUGUCAUCACUGUGAUCUUUAAAAAUCUGCGUUUAACAGUCUAAUUGAGGAACUAAGUUGAUUUUUUAUUUGCCAUAAACCAAGAAAAUUAAAUGCGAUAAUUUCAAGAGAUUUAUGGCAAUUGAAUUUGAGGUAUGGAUAAAUCUUUCAAGUAUUUUUUACUGCUCUUCAGUAAAGAAAGGCACAAGAAAGAAAAUACCCAGCUCUCUCAUGUUAUCUCAGUGUUGCCAGUGCAGAAAAGUGACAAUGCUUGCUUGUAUAAAUUUAUGGCUUACUGUCAAAGCUUCAUUCUUGGCUGCAUGUUGAAAAUGUGAUUAAAGUUAAUAGAGGAGAUGAAA